AUGGAACACACAGGGCAAAAUUCCCCACCAGGGAACCACACUACACUGGUGGAAUUCAUCCUGCUCGGGUUUUCUGAUGUUCCAAACCUUCAAGGAUUUCUUUUUGCUAUAUUUCUGAUACUCUACCUCAUUAUUCUUAUGGGAAAUAGCCUCAUUAUCAUGAUAACUAAGGUUGAUCCUUCGCUCCAGACCCCCAUGUAUUUUUUUCUUGGGAAUUUUUCCUUUUCGGAAAUAUGUUACGUGUCAGUUACUCUCCCCAGAUUAUUAACAGAUAUCUGUAGAAAAAGUGGAAACAUUUCCUUUCUAGCCUGUGCUAUUCAAAUGUAUUUUUUUGUGACCUUAGGUGCCAAUGAGUGUUUAAUCCUCACUGCCAUGGCUUAUGACAGGUAUGUUGCCAUUUGCAACCCAUUACACUUCCCUGUCAUAAUGAACACUAGGCUGUGCAUUCAACUGGCAGCUGCCAGUUGGACCACUGCAAUUCCAAUACACAUAGGGUUCACCUCCCUGGUCUUCUCUCUACCCUUUUGUGGAUCUAACCAGUUGAAUCACUUUUUCUGUGAUGUCCCUCCUAUUGUUCAGCUUGCUUGUGGAGACACUUUGAUGAUUGAUAUGUUGAUUUAUGUGAUUGCUGCUUUACUUGUUGCUAUACCUUUUUUAUUGAUUCUUGGAUCUUAUGUGAAAAUAAUCUCCACCAUUAUGAAGCUGCCAUCAGCAACUGGGAGAGCCAAGUCCUUCUCGACUUGUUCUUUCCAUCGCAUGAGUGCGACUUUAUUCUUUGGAUCAGGCAUCAUUGUAUAUUUCAGACCUAAGUCCACUCACUCAUCAGGAAUGGACAAAUUCCUCUCUAUUUUUUACACCACAGUGACACCCAUAUUUAACCCCAUUAUAUAUUGUCCGAGAAACAAAGAUGUUAUGGUGGCCUUGGGAAAAUUCCUAAAGAAAUGGAUUGUGCUGUGA